AUGGCGCAGGUGUCUUUCACUGAUGCAGAGAUUGCUGCCGAUCUCGAAGGCCUGCCGGAUGCAGCUUUCGCAGGCGCCACCAGCUCGGAGAGGUUGAACUGGGUCCGGUUCGUUCUGGAGGUGGACGAGGCUCCACGGGCGAAACACGGUUUGCGCUUCUACUCCAGCGUGGCGGGGGUUCUCGCCGACUUGGUCGGCAGCAUCCACCCCAGCGACUACAGCGACGUCGUCAUCCGCGGGAUGAUUACUGAGGGCCUCAAGCCAGGGGAUUUCCCUUUCAGUGGCGAGGCCUUCCCUGAGUCGUGGAAGUCGCUGAAGUUCACUCCGGCACAGAUCGUGUACGCCCUGCGCGUUCAGGGCAAGUGCGUCGCGCAGGUGUCCACCCCUGGGAGCGGCAGCUCGGGCUCGUGCGGCGCACUUGCGACGGCCGCGCCUUCCAGCAACGAUGCCCUGGCGGAGGCCAUGCGUGACUUCGUGAAACAGGCAAGCACCCAGCCCAAGAAAGGUUUGUCUUUCAGCUUGGCAGACCGGAUCCGCGAGGUCGGUCUGCAGGACUUCCCUUCGGAGGCGUUGCCCUCCGAGGAGCUCGCCGCGAAGUGGGAAGCCGCCGGCCGUGCUGCCGCCGACCGCGGCCGGGCUUACGUCGGAGGCGCCGACGGUGACGACCUCCAGGCGGCCCACAGGCCCCAGUGGAGCCGCACUCCGGAGAUCGACGUGGUCGCUCCCGGCGGGUCUUGGGAGGAUCGCAUGCGCGCGUCGCUCGAGAUGCGCCGCGCGCGGACGCAGGAGGACCGGGUGCACUACGUUGGGUUUGCCACUUUCUUGGGCCACGUGAUGACGUGGGGGUUGAAGAUCUGCAUCAUGAAGGUGUGCUCUCCGUCCGAGGUGUUGGGUUACGUGUUCUUGCUGACCCGGGUGGCCGAAGAGUUCGGCGGCGUGCACACGGCUUAUUUCUAUGACUGGCUUGUGCGCCGCGAGAUGGCGCGUUGUCUCGAGAGAGGCGAGGUGGAUAUUUCGCAUUUCUUUCAGAAGUUGGAUCGUGAGAUCGUCCGCGACGCCCGCGACAAGGCUCAGAUGGCCAUGAGCCGCGCCGGCAAAGCUGCAGCCAAAGGCACUGCGGCACAGACGCAGCCCAAAGGCAACAGCGGCAAGGCCAGCAGCAGCAAGCAGUCCACCCCCAAGGGCGGCGGCAAGACCAGCAAGGCAGACACUGGCAAAGGCCGUGCUCCAGUCUCCCCACAGCUCAACCGUUCCAGGAGUCCCCGGGCCAGCCAGGCCAACCAGAACGGCAGUGGCAAGCAGCGCAGUGGCAACGGCUGGGGCGGCUG